GACACGCUAGACAGCCAGACCUUCGCAUACACACUCGCACACAAACCCCGUUCAAUGUGCCAGCCAGCAGAACGAUUGUGAUUUUUCGUUGUGAAAUAACAACACUCCCUGCAGUGCAGCAGCAGCUUCCCGCUCCCAGCCACAGAAAAUGUCCGCCAGCGAGGGUCCGUCGAAGGUUGAAUUCAAAAUCGAGGAAUCGGGCCGCAAGCUGAAAAAGGCGGAGGUCGACUUUAUGCGCCUGAUCGAGCAGCAGAACCUGCAGCGUGUCCAGAAGUUGCAGCGCCAGCGACGCAAUAACAAACUGACCGGCAUCGCGCUCGGCGGCACCGUGCUCGGCAUCUACCUCUACUCGAUGCUGUCGGUGAAGCAGGAGAAAUUCCUGGACGAUUUCGAGGAACCGGUCAAGCUAGAGGUGGAAAACAAGGCGCUGUAA